CCAUCCAUCCAUCCAUCCAUCAUCCAUCCACCUAUCCAUCCACCUAUCCAUCCACCCAUCCAUCCAGCCAUCCAUCCAUCCAUCCACCCACCUAUCCAUCCACCUAUCCACCCAUCCAUCCAUCCAUCCACCCAUCCAUCCAUCCAUCCAUCCCCAUCCACCUAUCCACCAUCCAUCCAUCCAUCCACCCACCAUCCAUCCAUCCAUCCAUCCAUCCAUCCAUCCACCCACCUAUCCACCCCAUCCAUCCAUCCAUCCAUCCAUAUCCAUCCAUCCAUCCACCCACCUAUCCAUCCACCUAUCCACCCCCAUCCAUCCAUCCAUCCAUCCCCUAUCCAUCCAUCCAUCCAUCCAUCCAUCCACCUAUCCAUCCAUCCAUCCAUCCACCCACCUAUCCAUCCAUCCAUCCACCCAUCCAUCCAUCCUAUCCAUCCAACUAUCCACCCAUCCAUCCAUCCAUCCACCUAUCCAUCCAUCCAUCCACCAUCCAUCCAUCCAUCCACCCAUCCAUCCAUCCAUCCAUAUCCACCCAUCCAUCCAUCCCCCAUCCAUCCAUCCAUCCAUCCAUCCAUCCAUCCAUCCACCCACCUAUCCACCCAUCCAUCCAUCCAUCCACCUAUCCAUCCAUCCAUCCACCCACCUAUCCAUCCACCUAUCCACCCAUCCAUCCAUCCAUCCACCUAUCCAUCCACCUAUCCAUCCAUCCAUCCAUCCACC